UUCUGUUACGACGCGGUACAAGAAGCAUCACCGGAACAACGGUUCCGGCGAAAACUGAGACCAUGGCAGAGCAUCUUCUUCAACGUUUUGCCACCAUCGGCAGCACCAGCACGGCCGGGCCACCACCAACUGCGGCAACGCUCAGCUCGAGGAUUCACCACGAGCCCUUCGUCAAGUAUCCGGUGUAUGGUCCCGGAUCUGGACCGGACGUGUAUGAAGAUGGCGAGGGCUUUUGGGGCGGCGAGACUGGCCCGGGAUUUUUCCCUGGACCGGUGCAGCCACCACUUCCACCCGUUCCGCCAAUUCCCUAUCGCGUUCCAUACGGCAAGUACGGGAAGUCACGCUUCAAGGGUGCCUCCGUGGCAAUCCUGACGUUCAUCGGGUUUCUUUUCUUUCUGAGCGUUCUUCAGAACUACAUCCGAGACUAUUCCACGUCGAACAGCCCAACGAUUUUCGAUUCCAAAAAGGUUAUCGUUCUGUCGUCGGGUGCAACGAAAGAGAACGUUGGACCGCAGUAUCCGUUUCUGCAGAAGAAUGACGGUUUGCUAAGUGCGGAAGAUGACGGCUACAGUUAUAAAAAGCACUCAAACCACGGAAAGAACCGUAACAAGCAUCAGAAGCGCCAGCAUUCGACAGAUGCACCCCCGCCGUUGUAUACCGAUCUUCUCACGGUUGAUGGGCUGAAAAAGUGAUUUGUGACUUAAUGAUGUGGUUUAUUUAAUUUAUUUAAUAUUUAUAUAGUGAUGAAAUAAGUUCAUUAGCAUGGUGUAGAAUAAAUGAUUUGUGGUUAGUUCUAUUCUGUUUGUCUUUUACUGUGCAGGAAAGUGUUAAACUCUCGAUUGAGUAAU